GGACGUAGUCGAAAAGGAAGAGAAACAGCAGAAGAAGGAGAAGGGAAUGCAACUAGGAAAAUACGAGCUCGGAAGGACUCUGGGCGAAGGUAAUUUUGGAAAAGUUAAACUGGCUAAGAACAUUGAGACAGGCCAAACUUUUGCUGUUAAGAUUCUUGAAAAGAACAGGAUCAUCGACCUCAAGAUCACCGACCAGAUAAAAAGGGAGAUUGCCACUUUGAAGCUCCUCAAACAUGCUAACGUCGUCAGAUUACUUGAGGUCUUAGCAAGCAAAUCCAAGAUUUAUAUGGUCCUUGAAUACGUAACUGGAGGGGAAUUGUUUGAUAGAAUUGCAUCUAAGGGCAAGCUUCCAGAAGCAGAGGGCAGGAAGAUGUUCCAGCAGUUGAUCGAUGGUGUCAGUUACUGUCAUAACAAAGGUGUUUUUCACAGGGAUCUUAAGCUAGAGAAUGUUCUUGUUGAUGCUAAAGGAAACAUAAAGAUAACUGAUUUUGGACUCAGUGCUUUGCCCCAGCAUUUUAGGGAUGACGGGUUAUUGCAUACAACCUGUGGAAGCCCUAACUAUGUUGCACCUGAGAUUCUCUCAAAUAGAGGGUAUGAUGGGGCUACGUCAGAUAUAUGGUCAUGUGGUGUUAUUUUGUACGUAAUUCUCACCGGAUACCUGCCUUUCGAUGAUAGAAAUCUUGCUGUUCUAUAUCAAAAGAUCUUUAAGGGGGAUGCUCAGGUACCAAAGUGGUUGUCACCGGGUGCUAAGAAUAUGAUAAAGAGGAUUCUUGAUCCAAACCCUGUUACCAGAAUAACAAUGGCUGCUAUAAAAGCUGAUGAAUGGUUUAAGCAGGGCUAUACUCCCAUGGAUUAUGCAGAAGAAGAAGUAUACAUUGAUGAUGAAGCUUUCUCAAUUCAGGAAGUGUCAUCAGAAUACGGGAGUCCAAAAUCACCUAACCUCAUCAAUGCUUUUCAAUUAAUUGGAAUGUCCUCAUGCCUAGACCUCUCAGGUUUAUUUGAGAAAGAGGAUGUUUCCGAGAGGAAGAUCAGAUUUACAUCCAAUAAUCCUUCUACGAACGAUUUGCUUGAGAAGAUAGAGGAUAUUGUGACAGAGAUGGGGUUUCGAGUCCAGAAGAAAAAUGGAAAAUUGAUAGUGAUGCAAGAACACAGCGGAAAGAAAAGUUUGGGCAGUCUUUCUGUUGCUACAGAGGUAUUUGAGAUUAGCCCAGCGCUGUAUGUGGUUGAAUUAAGAAAAUCAUAUGGAGAUUCUUCAGCAUACAGACAG